AUGGCGAUUUCACUCCCCCACCAAAGGCCAUCAAGCCCACCAACCUCCAAACUCCACCAAGCCCUCCUCACAGCCCUCUCCCCCUUGACCCUAACGCACACCCACCUCUCCCUCCCCCAAUACCACCCCACCCUCCUCGCCACCGCGGUGACCACCCUCACCAAAAUCUACUCCUGUCCGAUCACCCCCUCCCUCCCUCAGCUCUUGUCCGCCAUCCUCCCAGAGGAAACCCUCCCCAUCCUCUUCGACACAACAGGCGCCCUCCUCUCCGGCCUUGACGACCAGGCCAAAACCAUUCUUUAUAUCCAGGCCGUCACCGGGCUAGUUCUCAUCUUUGAGCACCUCUGCAAACAUGGGGACAUCACUGCUGGCGUGGUGGAUAGAGAGCUGAGGUUGUUUGAGCAGAGCAAGCAAAAGAGAAGUGUGCUGGAAAGGAUCGAGGAAGGGGGUUUGUUGGGGGAGUGUUAUACCGUUGAGGCGGUGGUGGAGUUUAUUGUGGGGGUUAUUGACGAGCAAGAAAAAGAAGAGGUGGUGAAUGAGGUUGAGAUUGAGCAGGUGGUGACGAAUGAGAAGGUUGACUGGGAGAUGGGGAGCAGGCCGUAUGGGAAUAUGGGCUUGCCGUGGGGGUUUACCAUUAUGGCUUUGAACUAGAGAUCAUGACCGGGAGGGUGUGAAGGAAGGGGAGGAUUAUGUCUUUUGUAAUAUCUUUUGGUGGACUGUAACAUUAACAAAUCUCCAUUCUGGGUUUGGAUAGAUCGGGUUGCUUUGGGGGAAAUGGCUGGACCGUCUUAGAUAGAUACAUGAACAGUUAGACUGAUAGGUUUGGGAUUAUGUGGUAAUAAGGGU